AUGAACGAUGCCACAACUGCCCUGCUCACCGAGCACUUCAGCUACACCCCUUUGUCGCUAAUUGACGACAUUAUCAACUCAAUUAACAAUCUCAUCUACCAAGCAAUCUCAUCGCUCGAGACUGGGUUGCUGGCAACGCCCCCCGAGCGUUUGGGGUUUGCGCACGCCAGCAAUGGCUCCACCAUCCCAGAGACGGACGAGGACGGGAAUGUGGUUUAUCCUGAGGCGAAGCUGGAGCUGGAGAAUGGAUUACACCAGCUAGAAACCUUGUUGGAGGCCAAUGUUGACAAAGCCUUCGAUAAAUUUGAAAUCUAUGUUCUGAGAAACAUUCUCACCGUGCCUGAGGAUUUGCUUUCCUGGGUACGACUCAAACACUACGAGGGUCUCUCAUUCGAUUCGUCGCCCGAUCUGCCUACCCCCGAUACCAUCCUUGCCCAGCGCAAGAAACUCCUCGAAACCCGGAAACUGAACCGGUCGUUGAAAGAGGAGUGUGCCCGAAAUGAGGCAGUGAUUUCUCAGUUAAAAUCUAUAUUGUCGGCAGUCGAGGAUAGUGGUACUGAUGGACCUACUGCUGCAUCCACAACGCCGAGGAAGCCUUUAGAUCUGUCUUUCUUGACAUCCAGCCCCGCUGCACGCCAGCUUCGCGUUGGCGUGGACACCGGCACCAACACAAAACACGCUCCUCUCACGACGAACACAACAUUUAUUCUCUCACAGCUCCCUGCGCUGCAAGCGACGCUUGAACAGCUACGGCCCAAGUUGUCGUCGUUGCCCAACUCGAUCAACGAGGCAGAGGUCAAGUCUAAACGGGACGAACGGAAAGAAUACAUCGAAAGCCGAAUCAGACUACACCUCGAACGUGCUGGACAGCUUGCUACUGGGGACGGUGGUAACCCGGUUGUUGCAGGUCGCCGAAUCGAUAUCGCCGAGGCGCAUGCAUUGGAGAACGUGGCCAACAUGCUUACACAAGAACGCAAAUCCGAGCAAUAA